ACAAAGCACUGCAGCGGCGCGGGGUGUCGCAUUCAUCGUCAUUUAUCGUAGCGUGCGGCUGUGCACCAUGCAGCGAGGAAUCGUGCUCCUCGCCGUCGCCGCGGCGUUCCAGCCGGCGCCGCCGCGGCGCCGCACACCACCGCUUCAGGCGGCGAACCUCGAGGAGGCCGUGCGGCGCAAGCUCGACGAGGCGCGGCGCCUCGACGCGCGGCACGCCGGGCCGGACUCGGACGCGCGACUGAGGCUCGGGUACGUCGCGGACCGAGGCAACGUGCGCUUCUCCGCGGCAUUAAGACGGGGCGACGGCGUGUCUCGGAAAGUCGCCGUCGUGGCGGAUAUUAAGAGAAGGAGCCCGCACGGCGGGCCCGACAACGGCGCCCAGGAACUCGCGUCUUACUCCGACUGCGGCCGCGUCGUCUCUGACGUCAAGGACUGGCCCGUCGACGCCGUCGGCGUGUCUCUGGAUCCCGAAAUGUGGGGUGGAGUUGAUGGGGACCUCGUGGCCGCGUCCAAGGCCCUGAACAAUAGUGCCCCUUUACUUGCCAAGGACCUCAUCGUCCACCCGAUCCAGGUGGCCCUCGCGGCCGAAAGUGGCGCCGACGCCGUCUGGCUCUCGUCGACCAUCCUGGGCGGCGCCCUCCCCGACUUGUUAGAUGCGUGCACCGUCGCGGGCGUCGAAGGGUGCGUCGAAGUGCACACCCCCAACGAAGUGCAGUUCGCCCUCGAGGCCGGCGCCACGUUGCUCAUCUGCUCGGACCGGGACCGCGCGACGGGUGUCUUGCAUCGGCACCAGUGUCUCGGCCUCAAGGGUUUAAUUCCGCCGAAUAUCGUGGCGCUCGCGGCUGGCGGGUUGGGCGGGUCUCUCGCGGACGUGCGCGCGCUCGCCGCCGCGGGCUUCGACGGCGUCGUGCUCGGGCGGGUUUUGAUGGUGGACCCGGGCGCGGCGCGCGCGUUUGUUGAAGAGUGCCGCGCGCUCGAGCUCGACGCCGUCGACCAGCUCGCGUGGGGGUAAGUUCGCCUGUUUGUGUA